GAGGAACAGAACAAGACAUGAGAUACCUGCUGUUAGCGUGAGGCGUUUUGUUCUGCACUUGGACAGGUGUUAACAUCAGGAAUAAAGAACUGCAGGCUUGUUACAAGUCGGAACCACUGAACAAAGGAUGACAAACAUUUCACGUCAUCUCGUCAACCACCUCCUGACGUUUUCCCUCCAGGAUGGGGAUGUGAAAAGCGUGGAGGAAGCCCAGGCCCGACUGUCGUUCCUGGCUGAGAACAACAAGCUGUGGAGUCAACAGAUGUUCCUCGACAUUGGAUCAGAGGCCAUUCAUCUCACAGACAUACAGAGCCAGGACGAGCUGGAGAAGUAUGCUUUCAACUCAAUUUUCCGCUGUGAUGCCAUUAACAAAGAAAAACACUUCCCGUCGCUCCUUCUGCUCGUCUGCCAAAGUGCUCAUCAGAAAAAGCCAGACAUUCACUUCUUCAACUGCGAGACUGUGAGGGCUGAGCGGAUCUGUGACGACAUCUCACGCGCCGUUUCAGGUUCUGCAUCCAGUAGGAGUAAGCAGCUCCCUGAUGCCCUCAGGAGUGGAAGAGAGAUGAAUGAGCCCUAUGAUAUCCCAUAUCCCCCUAUCCCACAUGCUCCAAAUCCUCCACCAGCCAAUCCUCCACCUUAUCCUGGACCCAGAGCCAACGGAGGUGUGAACGGCGGGCCUGAUAUCGCUUUCAUGCGAGCGGAGAGAGAAGUGGGGAUCCUCAAUCACUGUUUUGACGACAUUGAGAGCUUCAUGGCCAAGCUGCAGCAGACUGCGGAGGCUGCCACGGUGCUGAACCAGAGGAAGAAGAAAAAGAAGAAAAGCAAAAAACAAAGUGCUGAGGAGGAUUUACUGACUGCAAAGGCCCGUCCACCACCAGAGGAGGAGUUUAUUGAUAUCUUCCAGAAAUUCAAAUACUGCUUCAGCCUGCUGGCUCGUCUGAAAUCGACCAUCGCCAAUCCCUCAUCAGAAGAGCUCGUUCAUCAUGUAUUCAAGCCUCUGGAUAUGAUGGUGAAAACUACAAGUGGUCCAGGUCUGGGAGCCUCAGUGUCCAGCCCUGCUCUGACCAGCUCAGCCGUGUCCCUGCUGGAGGACAACCUGAACGAGGAGGAGAGGCAGCUGUGGACGUCUCUGGGUUCAAACUGGACUCUUCCUCGCUCUCAGCUCAGAGGACCGGUAGCUCCGUACACCCCCGUGUUCCUGGAUGGUUGGAAGCCGGAAGCCUCGAGGCCAGACGGGCAGGUUUGGGAGGAUCCAGUCGAGUCACAGCACAAACAUGAAGCCCUCCGAGUAAAACAAGAGCAGCAGCAGGCAGCUCAGCCGGUCCGACCUCCCACCAUUGAUGCGACGGACGGUGGCACAGCUCCAACUCCAGAGCCUGAGAGACUCUACUGCUGCAGCUACGACUUCAUUGCCAGAAACAACAGCGAGCUCUCCAUUCAAAAAGGGGAAGUCCUCGAGGUGCUUGAAUCAUCCAAGCGCUGGUGGAAGUGUCGUAAUCGGUUCAACGAGGUUGGCUUCGUUCCCCAUAACAUGCUGGAACCCAUGGCCCACAUAGACAGCCCCGUCAACAGCAAACCGGCCAACGUUCCAGCCCCGCCCACGCUCACCAAGACUCUGUCACUGGUCCCGCCCAGCCCUCCUGCCCCCGCCCCCCCAGCCCCGGCACUGGCCCCGGCCCUGGCCCCGCACCCGUCCCCCUCGGCCCAGCGGCCGGUCAGCUUACCGCCGUACAGUCACCACGUACCGGCUGCAGAGGAAACAGAGAAAGUCAUGUUGGUGAACGACGAGCUGCUGCACAGGCUGACCAACGGGAAGACCAAUCUGAACAAACCUCUGGUCAUCCCUCGCUCUGCAGAGACCUCCGUCCCUCUGGACUAUCACUCUCCUCCAGACGAGGUGGCCAACUGGCUCCGAGGGAAGGGCUUCAGUGAACCCACCGUGUUAUGUCUUGGAGUGCUGACAGGAGCCCAGCUCUUCUCCCUCAACAAGGAGGAGCUACGAGCUGUGAUUCCAGAGGAGGGCGCCAGAGUGUACAGCCAGCUCACUGUACAGAAGGCACUGCUGGAGGAUGCUCGAAGGGCCACAGAGUUGGAGACGGUCAUGGAGAAACAGAAAAUGAAGGUUGAUCUGAAACUAGAGAGCGGCACACUGUGAAAACCAAGUAUCUACAGAGUGACUCCUGGAUUUGUGUGUUUUAUGGCAUGACUUCAGCUUGCAGAAAUUUGAGGUUUAAUCACAAAUUGCUAAUGCAAGGAGGCCCUGUGCAAAUGAAAUAUAUUAACACUAAAGUGCAUUACUCUAACAUAUAUGUUGUUCAUCUUUAACUUGUUUUUUUUGUUUGUUUAGUUCUGGAUUAAAUUAAAGUGGACCUGAAAUACUGGA